UCCCUUCUUUUCCCUUCCUUUCUCUCUCUCUCUCACACGCUCAUUCUCCUUUUCUUCUGUUCUUCUCUUUGUUCUGUUUUUCUUUCUCCCUCUUCAGUGCACAGUAGAACCAGAGGCAGCCAUGAAGAAGACCAACACGAAUAUGCAAUGGCCUCAUUGAGAGAAUGGCUCAGCAAAACAAUGCCGACAACAACGUUACCCAGCAACAACAUCAACAGCUUGUGAACCCCAUGUUCCAUGACUUUCUUGGCACUAAGAGCACCAACCCCAUUCACUCCAAUGUGCUCUAUGCCCCCCAAACCUCUCAUCUUUACGUCACCCGCUCCUCCCUAUCUUCCGCCACCGUGUUCAGCGGCGCUGCCACCUCCCACCUCGCUUCCGAAAAACAGAUUGGGAAUCAUCUUGAGGGAGUUCCAUUCUAUGGUCCGAAGAGUGAAUUUUGUGGCAUUGAGAUAGCUAACAGAGUAGUGAGAAAGAAGAGAAGUAAUUCUGAUACCACUUUUAUCUUUUCUUCCAGAGAUUCCUUCCAAAUGGUCCCUCAUUCCCUUCAAAACUCACAUUCCAUGAAGAUGCUUCGGAAUGCAGCUACUUCUGAUUGCCUUAGAAGGUCUAAUGGUGAUGAUGUGUUUCUUCCUAUGCAGUCACUGAAGCCAACAACCAGUGGCUCUCAGAUAUUGCAGACUCCCACUGGAACUAAGUCUGAUGCAAAUAAAUUGGAAAGAUCAAUUCUCAUGAAUUUUGGUCCUUUCAUGCAGUUAGCUCCUCUUAUGGACCAAAGAACUUCAAACAAGAUGGGUGAUACUAGUGCUGCUCCUUCAUUUAUCUCUCAGUUAGCUGCUGAUGAAGGGUCUAGAACCAGAAUCAAGGGUCCUGGGCUUUUCAGUUCCAUUAACACAAUCAAUGCAGUCACUGAUAAGACUUCUUCCAUGCUUGGUGGCAGCAGAGCAAAGCCUGUGACAAACAUAGUAGACCCUGAAUCUUCCACAAUUCUGAAUCAACGUGGCUCAUCAUCUGCCACCUGUCAGAUGACUAUCUUUUAUGGAGGUCAAGCUCAUGUGUUUGAUGAUGUACAGCCUAAUAAGGCUGAUGUUAUAAUGGCUUUAGCUGGCUCUAAUGGUGGAUCUUGGACCACAGCAUUCUCGUCCAAAUCUUCUGUAAAGCUACACCAUGAUAGUAACUUGGAAAGAAAUUCAAGUCAUCAUGCCACUGAACCAGGUGGUCAACUGACUUCCACAACAGCUGAAGAUACAAGAAAUUCUGGUUCAAGCUGCAAAUCCUAGUUCUGAAGACAAGAACACAAUGAUAUAUAGUUCGUGUACAAGGUUUUCUGUAUUUAUUAGAAUGCUUUAGACCUUUCUACAAUUCUGAUGAUUACUGUGUAUAAUAAUCCUCUCCUUUUGUGUAAUUUUGUUGAGUUUUCAAUGUUUUUUUAGUGUUUAUUGCCUAAAGGGGGCCUAUUGGA